CGAAGAAGUCCUAUCUAAUAUUUGUCAAUAUAUACCAGGCUUUGUUACAAUCUCGACUUAAAGUCUUCAAGGUUUUCUUUAUACAUUCCAAAAUCCAUGACAGCCACCAGUCGUAUACCAUUAAUUAGAUUCAGUCCAAGCAGCUCACCACGGAAGAGAAAGAUGCUUCUGGAUGACGAGAAGAUCAGUGAAAUUCUUAGAGAUCUCGAUGACGAAGAUGUGACUGUUCAGAAACUGAAAGCUUUCCUGAACGAUGCCGAACAACUGACGCAGCAAUUAACACCUUCCAAGAAAGCCAGGCUGGGAGCUCAAAUAAUUCAGGCAUCGAGCCUGGAAAACCUUAGCCACGUCGUGCAGAUGUUCAGCCUCGAGUAUCUUGAAGACGAACCCUAUAUAUGGAGAGUGCCAGAAGGGUCAGACGUGCGUCUCUCGGACGAAGCAGAAGCACUACUUACUAGAAUGCGCCGCGCGAGUUUCUGGGGUGAUCGAGGAUCGGCGGACGGCCUCUCACGCACUCUGAUCGACAUUGUAUUGUUCGAUCGAAUGGAUGCCCACCAGGAAGAACUGGCCGCUAGAAAGUUAUCCAUUCGCGGAGAAGUUCCUCUUGAGGCCGUUAUCUCUUCUGAAAAUGAAAUCAUAGUCGUGGGUAAUGCAGACUAUGCGUUAGGGUACGAUCCAGUUAUUCCUAUGAAUUCGAAAGGUUUUGAGAGCAUAUCUGUGGUUGUGGAAGCCAAGAGAGAAACUAGCGAGACACAGGCGGUUGGAAUUGCCCAAGCAGUGGCCUAUAUGGUCGGCAUUAGACAGAAGCGGAUGAAUUUGAGGAAACCCAAGAGUAUCGUCCAUAUUACUACGUAUGGCAUGGUUUCUGAUGGAAUUUACUGGACGUUCUUGCGUCUAGACGGGAAGCGCUUGCAAGUUUCUAGCUCACUACGAAUUUCCGAUCCAGAUCAACAUUCCUCCGUCUACAAAUUCGUGGAUGAUAUCGUUAGAUCCACGAUAUCCCUGUCCCCUCACACCAAUCCGCAGCGUUGCUUCCCAGCCACUCAAGAGCGUUGGCUAAAUAAUAUAGAGCCUCCUAUAUUCGGAAGGCCAGCUCCAACCAUGCAGCAAUUGUUGGAGAGCCCCGAGAAGGACUUCAUCAGUCCCGCCGAAGACUAUGACAAUAUCGAACUCCAAGACAUUGAGUAA